ACAUGGAACCCCCCACCCAUACGCCACAAUUAUGAGCAAACGUUACUUUCUUUGUCCUAAGAAUAUUUUGUUUCCCCAAAAUCCUUCGUCCGAGAGACCACCACACCAGCUCAUUUCUUGAGGCAGAACCGUAAUUUCACCCCAAACCGAAGCCCAUUCAUUUCCCAAACUCUGAUUUAUAAAUACAUUUACACGCGUAUGUAACACACUAUAUAUGCUCUCAAUUUACACACACCCACCACUGCCACCACCACCACCCACCGCCGGUGGGAUCCAUUAACGAAAAACAAUAACCUUCUCAAUUCUCAUUCUCUUCUCCAACCCAUUCUCCAUUUCUCGCGAAUUCGAAUACCCAAUUGGGAAAAGCAAACAAUUUUGCAAACGCUGAGUGAAAAAAAAAAAAAAAAAAAAACGAAAAACCCACUCCACUCUCUCCACACUCCACCUUCAUUGGGCUCUGUUUCUUAAACGGCGAUGAAGUAGUUGUCGUUUCGCGAGCCAAAACGACGCCGCAGAAUGCUGUGCAGGAAGAGCUCCAAAAACGGCGUCGCUUCGGGAACCGUGCCGGUGUACCUCAAUGUCUACGAUCUAACACCCAUGAACGGUUACGCUUACUGGUUCGGGCUCGGAGUGUACCAUUCCGGCGUUGAAGUUCACGGCGUUGAGUUCGCGUUCGGAGCUCACGAAUUUUCCUCGACGGGGAUAUUCGAAGGUGAACCUAAGAAGUGCGAAGGUUUCACGUUCAGAAAAACGAUUCUGAUCGGAAAAACCGAUAUGGGGCCCGGUGAGGUUAGCACUGUGAUGGAAAAUCUCGCUGCUGAGUACAGAGGGAAUGCUUACAAUCUCAUAACGAAGAAUUGCAACCAUUUUUGCAACGAUGCUUGUAUUAGACUCACCGGAAAUCCUAUUCCGAGUUGGGUCAAUCGUCUUGCACGAAUUGGAUUUAUGUGCAACUGUGUUCUUCCUGUGAAAUUGAACUCAACAAAAGUGAGGCACCACAGGAUAGAGGAGAAGCAAUGUGAAGGAGAUAAGGAAGCGUUAAAAAAUGAUGCAAGGAAGCUUAGUGGUUCAAAAUCAACAUCUUCGGCAACAUCUUCCCCUGCGGGAGGGCGCAGGGGAAGGAGUAGAACAAGACGUGCCCUUCCUCCAUCUUCUCCUUUGAUUAUUGGAUCAAGAUCUUAAUUAUUAUUAUUAUUAUUUUUUUUUGGUUUUGGCUAAUUACAAAAGUUGCUCUAACGAAGAGAGGCAACAGAUUUGAUUUUCAAUAUAAAAUUGUUUUUCUUCAUUCUUUACAUCCAAUGACUUGUAAAGAUAUAAAAAAACCAGCCAGGAAUCCCGGA